AGAACUCCAGUGCUCUGGAGAACGCCUUGCCGGUUUGACAGGCGACGCUUUCCCGCCAUUUUUUUGACACAUUGACAUUCGAUUUUAUUUUAUCUGUUGAGUGAUUGACAUCAAAAUAACAAUUAAUUUUGAAGUAAAAUAUUAUUUUGGUAAUAUAAAAAAAUAUGUCUGCAAAAAUGCGUUGUAAACUAUUAGUGAUGUUCUUCUUUUUUGUGUGUGCCAAAAUAGAAGCAAAGUCGGAUGAAAAAAGUAACAUCAGUGCCGAAGUGAAAUCUACGAAUAAAUUGAUUCACAGCGAUGGUGCGGCGUUACUAUUUGCUGACGAAUUGAAGCAAGUCAUCGAGAAAUACAUGUUCGGAAUAUGUCCUCAGCCAUACAAGUCGCGUUGGUCGCAGAUGGUGGGCAGCAAGAAGAACAGCACCACCCCAACAUGUGACCUUGAUGCUGAUCAGCAAGACCUUGCUGGCAGGCUAGCAACACUGGCGCUGCGCGUGCACUCGGUGUCCCGCACGGACUGCACGCGCUUCGGCGCCGCGCUCGCGAACACGUUCGGGGAACUCGCACGCACCGCCUCCAACAGACAAGUACUGGCCGCCGCAGUCGCGAAUGAGAAAAAACGAAAAUUAUCGAAGAGUCAAAAGGCGAAAAUUGCCGCGAAACAGCGAACAGCGCUCGCUGUCAAGAAGAAGGCAGCCGCCGUCGCCGCCGCAGCCGCUGCCAAGAUGGCCACCUCCUAAUAACUUUAGUGACUAAUAAAACAACAAAUGUCGUUUUUCUUCCUAAUUUUAAGAAUAUGCCAUGAAUGUUUUACCACAUAGCUAUUUAUUUUAUGAUUUAUUUA